AUGAAUCCAAUACCUGGCUGCAAGGAUACCGGUGGACGUGCCAAGUCCAGCUGUUCCGAGCCAACUUUUACACCAGCCCCUGGCGAUGAUAAAGUCUGGAAAUACGCGGAUGGUACUGCGAAAGGGAUUUUCGGGUACGGUGGUGGCUACUGCUUCGGCAAUCUCACUAAGAAACCAUCAGCUGCUUGCACGUUAGAGGAGUACAAGAACGCUUCCUUUGAUUUUGGCGUUGUGGACAAGGUGAAAGUCCCAGAUGUCCCUGAAGGGGACUAUGUGUUGAGCUGGCGUUGGGAUUGUGAGAUGACGAAGCAGAUUUGGACCAACUGUGCUGAUGUGACCAUCAAGAAGAAGGGUCAAUCAGCUGAGCCUUUCAGUCCUACCAAAGGCUGCAGUGCCUGUUGCAAUGAGCAGAUCUGCAGCAGGUGCCAAAAAUGUAUGGAGAAGAAGGAUGGCGACUGCGCAAUGUGCUGGAAACCACUACCCUGGUGGGACGGACGCACCUAUUGGACUCCCAGGGCUAAGGCGAUCCAAUGCCUUGGUUUCGAGGCGAAGGAUGGAGGACCAGGAACAUAUCGACCAGGAGAUUCUCUUGAGACGCCAUGGUCACCAGGUUGUCCCAAGUGCUGGAACACCACCGGUUGUGACAGCUAUGUUCGUCCCUUGCAAACUGCAGUGGCGGGCAGGCGUGUCGACUGGGUCUUUGUCACAGCAGUGGCACUAGCUUCCGUUGCUGCGCUUGCAGGGCUUGCUCUGGCCCUCAAACUGAAGGGCCAAUCUCAAUCACAAGCGGCGCGGGAAGUGCAAGCCCCUGCAGCAACAGUAACUGAGAUGACCAGUGAAAGUUUUCGUCCCUGA